AUGUUAUGGUCAUUAUUUUCAGGUUGGUAGUUAGUAUGGGGUACUAUGGUCUCUCUUUGAAUACUGGUAACCUCAGUGGAGAUUUUUAUCUUAACUUUUUUCUCUCCGGACUGGUAGAAUUUCCAGCUUAUACGUUAUGCCUAGUGUUACUUGACAGAGUUGGAAGAAAGAAAUUACAUGUCUGUUGCUUUGUUGGAGGUGGUUUAGCAUGUAUAUGUACUAUUUUUACCAUGCUGUAUGCAGACGAAAGCUUACAACCAAUAACAGUUACGUUAGCUAUGAUUGGUAAAAUUGGCAUUGCUGCGGCGUUUGCGGUAAUUUAUGUAUGGUCAGCAGAAAUUUACCCGACAGUUGUCAGGAAUGCUGGUAUGGGUGCCAGUUCAGCAUGUGCUCGUAUUGGAGGCAUGGUAUCACCAUAUAUUGCUGACGUUAGCAAAGUUGUGGAUGGCCAUCUAGGUAGAGCCUUACCGUUGGUUAUAUUUGGUGGGUUCUCAGUCCUCGCAGGUCUUUUAUCAUUACUACUACCAGAAACACUCAAUCACAAGCUUCCAGAAACAAUCCAAGAUGGAAAAGAAUUUGGAAAGAAGGAAAACAAAUAUUUUUCAAGUAAAUCCUAUUCCAACCAAGCCUUUGCCACCGACGACAAUAUUUCUACUACAAAAACUGAGUCAUCUAGACUGUAGAUCACUGAUGCAUUGCUAUUUUUUUAUUAGUAUCAUUUUCAUAAUUAAAACUUUUAUAAUUUUUAAA